AUGGUGCCAAACCAGACCUCGUCCAUGAGUUGGUGGACUCAAGAUAGUCAAGAGCGCCAGAAGCGCAAUGAGAAACAAAGAAUAUUGGCUGGUGUUGUUCCUGCAAUUGAAAAAGCUCGCCUUUAUAGGGGUAAGGGAGGAGAAAUCAUGCGUUCUGCUGUUUCAAGAUACAUUGAGUGUAUUUCUCGUUCCAAAGUUUCUUUGAUGGAGAAAACUAAAAAGAGCUUACUUGAUACUCUUUAUGAGAAUAUGAGACAUCCCAAUGCUCAGAUACAGUGUGCCGCUGUUGAUGCACUGAAGUAUUUUAUUCCGGCUUACCUUGACUCCGUGAUAGUUGGCAAUAAUAUAAUUUCCAAGUACCUGGCCCUCUUGGAUGAUUCUAAUGUUGCUGCACGAAGAGGUUCAGCAUUGGCUUUUGGUGUUUUACCUUAUGAAUUCCUGGCUUUGCGAUGGAAAGUUAUACUAGCUAAACUUUGUAGCUCUUGCCUGAUUCAGGAUAAACCUGAAGAUCCAGAUGUUGAAACACGCGUGAAUGCCAUUCAGGGGCUAGUAUCUGUUUGUGAAACAUUAACAAUAGGUUCUCCUGGUCCAUUUUUUGAAGAAGAGGCCUCUCUUUACUCACGGAUAAGGUGCGAUGUACUGGGAACUUCAUUUAAGGCUCUUGAUGACUACUCUGUUGACAACAGAGGUGAUGUGGGCUCUUGGGUACGAGAAGCUGCUAUGAAUGGCCUGGAGAGAUGUGCUUAUAUCCUCUGCAAGAGAGACUCCGUGAACUCCUUAAAGGCAAAUCAUGAUGAACAUCAAUCUGCGGUGCCUGAACCAUACUUGGUUACAGAAGAUCCAGUGUCCUCAAUGUUUGAUGCAGAUAUUGCUACCAACUUGGUUGGAGGCCUUGCAAAGCAAGCAGUUGAAAAACUUGAUAAACUGAGAGAAGUGUCUUGUAAGAUUCUCCAAAGGAUAUUGUACAAUCAAAGCUAUCUCAUCCCAUUCAUACCUCAUCGAGACGUAUUGGAGGAUAUUAUUCCCAACAAAACAGAUCUAAUGUGGGGGAUGCGCUCUGUUUCUUACCCACGAUUAGUUAAGCUGCUUCAGUUCAGCUGCUAUAGCAGGCAUGUUCUUUCUGGGCUUGUUGUCUCUGUAGGUGGACUGCAAGAAUCCUUGCAGAAGAUGGCAUUGUCUGCUUUGUUAGAGUAUGUUAAUGUUUUAGAAGCUGAUUCAAAUGAGAAGAGAAAUACUAGGGAGCAUUUGCUGAGCUGUGAUUUUCUUUGGAUUCUUCAACAGUAUCAGAAAUGUGAUAGGGUUAUAACACCCACUUUGAAGACAAUUGAGAUACUUCUAAGCAAAAAGGUGUUUCUGGAUAUGGAGGAUCACACUCAGAACUUCGGUGCUGCAGUUUUGGAUUCUCUACAAGUUGAAUUGAAAGGGUCCAAGGACUUCACCAAAUUAUGCUCAGGCCUGUCAAUUAUCGGAUACUAUGCUUCACUUCAAGAAUCAAUCAGCUCUCGAGCAUUCCUCCGGCUCCUAUCUUUCCUUACCCAUCGUUACCCGAAGAUUCGUAAAGCUGCUGCAGAUCAGGUUUACCUAGCACUGCUGCAGAACACAAACAUCAUCGGAGAUGACAAAAUGGACAUGGCACUUGAAGUUGUUUCGGAGACAUGUUGGGAUGGUGCUUUGGAGGAAGCAAAGCAGGGGAGAUUACGGCUCUCGGAUUUUGCUGGUUUGGAAUCUGAUUCUUCUAUUCUCAGAGCAACUACAAUUCAUGAAUCAACACAAGGAAAGGUUGAAAGAACAUCCGGAGUUGAUGAAAAUGAGACUUAUUCUUCAUUGGUUGGUGCAGCAGGAUUCUAACCAUCUUUGAUUUCAACAUUAUGUAUGAUUUAUUUGCUUGUGCUCACUGUUCAUAUCUUGUUACACUAGUGACAUGUAUUGUGUUAUAUCUUGUCAUGUUUUUUAUUUUGGCCCCUCAAAUAGGCACAUUGUUCA